GCAUGGGGGGCGGGACCCGCCUCGCACGUGCGCUUCCUCGCACGUGCGCUUCCCCGCCCGGUUUCCAGGCGCCCGCCGCGCACGUGCGCUCCCCGGCCGGUUUCCAGGCGCCCGGCGGCGGCGGUUUUGUGGGCUGUUUGGACUGACUCCCUUCCAAGAUGGCGGAUUCGUCAUUCAGAGACGGCGAACCCUGGUACUCUCGCCCAGUUUACGCAAGAUUCUGGCAGCAUUAUAGCCAAGCCAUGCACUGGAUGCAUCGGCACAAAAUCGCUUACCGAAAGGCCAUAGAGUCAUUCUACAGUUUGCCAUCACACCGCCCCGAGCCUCCGCCGAGCGGCCGCUACGCCGACUGGAGCGGGGAUGACCUCCCAGCCCCGGGCUGGCCAAGGAAAUCGGGCCAUCUUCAUUGGUCAGGGCCAAGGCCGGACACCGGGCGCGACUGCCAGGGGACCACAGAGGAGGACCGAGGAUCCACCACCGAGGAGGAGUCUGAAUCCGAUGGGGAAAUCGAGUGCGAUCUGAGCAACAUGGAAAUUACAGAGGAGCUCCGCCAGUACUUUGCGGAGACCGAAAGACACAGAGAGGAGUUGCGAAGGCAACAGCAGCUGGAAGCCGACAGCCAGGACGUGUACGUGGAGGCUGAUCACGAUCUGCACCUUCCCACCAGGCGGUCAGUGCAGCCUCCUGCAGAGAGACCGGGAGAGAGAAGAAUGGCAGAAAUGAAGAAACUCUACGGGGACAGCGCUGCCAAGAUCCUGGCAAUGGAGACAGCCAUGCAACUCAACUUCGACAAGGGCUGCGAUCAAAAGCAGCCCAAGUACUGGCCAGUUAUUCCUCUGAAGCUCUGAGCCGGGCUGGUUCCCUGGAGCCCCCUACUCCAAGGGAUGUUCUGGUGGCCCGAAACUGGUGACUCCCCGGUCCCCCAAAGCCUUUCUUUUCCCAGUGGCUGCGGGAGCCGUUACACUUCCUUCCUUUUCCCUUUUGGAGGCCACUAGUUGGGCCAAGUGGACGGUGUCGGGGUGGAUGGCAAAGUCAGGAUGUUUUUGAUAAAAUAAAAGCUUUGGGUCUUCUGGCAAAA